AUGGCCUUGGAGAACCACACCACCAUCACCGAGUUCAUCCUGCUUGGGCUUUCUUCUAAUCGCAAUGUUCAGAUUCUGCUCUUUGUCUUGUUCCUACUGAUUUACAUCCAGACACUUCUGGGAAACCUGCUAAUGCUGGUGGUGAUCAGCAGUGACCCCCAUCUCCACACGCCCAUGUACUUCUUCUUGAGCCACCUCUCUUUCCUGGACCUUUGUUUCUCUUCAGCCACAGUGCCCAAGUUGCUGGAGAACCUCCUGUCUGAGAAGAAGACCAUUUCUGUCCAGGGAUGCCUGGCUCAAGUCUUUUUUGUUUUUGAUACCGGGGGAACCGAGGCCUCCUUGCUCUCGGUGAUGGCCUAUGACCGCUAUGUUGCCAUCUGCCACCCUCUGCUCUAUGGUCAGAAGAUGAGCAAUAAUCUCUGUAAGGGGUUAGCGUUGGGUGCCUGGAGCCUGGGCUUUUUCGAUGCCCUCCUCAACAUCCUUCUCGCUAUGAGUUUGGAUUUCUGUGAGGAUCAGUCCAUUCCACACUAUAGCUGUGAGUUGCCAUCUCUCUUCCCUCUUUCCUGUUCUGAUAUCUCUGUCAAUUUUGCAGUAAUGCUCUGUUCUGGCCUCUUUCAUGGAUUCGUUACUUGUUUCCUGAUUGUUUUUUCAUACAGUCUCAUUAUCUCCACCAUACUCAAUAUCAGCUCCUCCUCAGGAAGAGGCAAGACGUUCUCGACCUGCUCCUCGCACCUCUCUGCAGUGCUGCUGUUUUAUGGCUCGGCCUUCCUUCGCUAUUUUAUGCCUAGCUCAGGUUCCUCGUUGGAGAUGAUCACGUCUGUCCAGUACAGUGUGGUCACUCCUUUAGUGAAUCCCCUCAUCUAUAGUUUGAAAAGCAAGGAGGUGAAAACAGCUAUGAGAAGGACACUUAAGAAAUACUACCAAUAUUUCAGGUAG